AUGUUAGUGCCUGUGCCCCCGGAGCCCAGGGUUCAGACUUUGCCGGGGGCCGACGAGAUCUUGCAGCUCGAGAAGCUGGAUCUCUCGAUGGCGAAGGAAGCCGAGACGCCGCCAAAGGCGGAGGUCAGGCAGGAGGAGCUGCCAGAACCUGCCAAGGCAGCGGAGGAGGAUGACAGCAGUGAUGAGGAUAGCAUUCAUGCAGCCAAGAAGCAGGCGGCCAAAGAUUUGGUGAAGAAGCUACAAGAGAAGCAGAGAAAAAAGGAGGAGGAAAAGGAAGCUGAGGCUGAGGCCGAAAAGGCGUCUGCCAAGAAGGACGAGUCGGAUGACUCUUCUGAUAGCGAUGCAAAGCCGAAGAAGAAGCCUGCAAAGACUGACAAAAAGUCCGAUGAUUCGGAUGACAGCGACGACAAAAAGAAGACGGCUGCGACAAAGAAAAGGGCCUCUUCUUCCGACAGUGGCGACAACAAGAAGAAGGCAGCGGCCAAGAAAAGGGCCUCAUCUGCUGACAGUGGUGACAAAAAGAAGAAGGCGGCGGCCAAGAAAAGGGCCCCCUCUUCUGACAGCGAUGCCAAGAAGAAAAAGGUUGUGGCCAAGCAAAGGGCAUCCUCGUCUGACAGCGAUGCAAAGAAGAAAAAAGUUGUGGCCAAGAAACGGGCUUCCUCAUCGGAUGCUGGCACCAAGCGCAAGAAAGCUGGCUCAGAGAGCGAUGCUCCCAAGAAACGACGUCAGUCUGCUUCUUCGAAGGGACGUAGCAAGAGCCGAAGGAAAAGCCGCAGCCGGCGCCGCAGCCGCCGGAACCGCAGCCGGAAGCGCAGCCGAAGCCAUCGGAAGAAGCGCAGCCGCAGCCAUCGGAAGAAGCGGAGCCGCAGCCAUCGCAGCCGCAAGCGCAGCGCGCGCAGGAACCGGAGCCGCAGCCGGCGCCGGCGCAGCAGGAGCGAGAAGCGGAAAUCCCCCCGGCGCAGCCCUCCAAAGCAGGAGGAGAAGCCGAAAGAGCGCGCAAAGAGCGCGAGCAAGGAGAAAGCCAGAAAGGACUCGGACUCCGAGUCCGAGAAGCCGAAGGAGCCGAGGGAGAAGGAGCAGCCCGAGGAGCCGAAGGAGAAGACUGAGGUGGAGGAUUAUUUGAAAGAACCGGUGGAUAAGAUCGUGGGCUCGGAGGACAAGAAGAAGUCGGAGGACGAGAAGUCCACCCAGAAGUCCGCCAUUGUGAACCCCUUCCAUGCGCGGCUGAUUGCCAAGCAUCAGCAAGAGGCUGUGGAGAAGGCGAAGCAGGAGGUCGAAGCCAAAGCCAAAGCGCAGGCUGAAGCCGAAGCCAAGGCCAAGGCAGAUGAGGCGCAAGGCCAGGCGCCUUUGGCCGCCCUCGGCCCACUGGGACCUCCGCCUGUGGCGCCUGGCGUGCCAGGUGCGCCAGGUGCGCCACAGGCGGUGCCCGGCGCGCCGCCCGGCGCGCCGCUCGCGCCCGGCGCUCCGGGCGCGGCCAGCUGGCCGCCGGGUACGACUGAGGAUGGCAAGGUGGAGGCCAAGCCACGGAGCGUGAGCAAGGAUGAGCCCAGACAAGGCAUCUCGGGCGCCACGGCGAAGGCGGCGUCACGGCCCCCGCAGAGUUUGGAGCAGGCGCAGGCGGGUGCCGUGAGCAAUGCGAGCAUGAUGAUGGGCCAGAUGCCCGGCAUGAUGGGUAUGGACAUGAUGGGCAUGGCUGGUAUGGGGAUGCAAGGCAUGGGAAUGUAUGGCAUGUACGGCAUGGGCUAUGACAUGAUGGGCAUGGCCAACCCCAUGAUGGGCAUGGACGCGCAAACCCUCGCAGCGGCCCAGGCGGCGCAGGCGGCGCAGGCGAUGCCUCAGGCCAACGCUUACAAGGCGGCCGGCGGCGUGCCACCUCCUCCGCCGCCGCCGCCAUUGACUGGCUAG